UGCCCGAGCCUCAGCCUCAGGAUCGGCAACGUGCACCCUGCGUCACGUCUAUCUCUGAGACUUUGCCCUUCUCCAAGGACAGCAUUCAGGAGACCAGGAAAAUGGCCACGGGGCUCCUGAAAGCCAAAAAAGAGGCAUUCGUGGCAUUCAGGGAUGUGGCUGUGGACUUCACCCAGGAGGAGUGGAGGUUGCUGAGCCCAGCUCAGAGGACCCUGCACAGGGAAGUGAUGCUGGAGACCUACAAUCACCUGGUCUCACUAGAAAUUCCAUUUUCCAAACCAAAACUCAUUUCUCAGCUGGAGCAAGGGGAAGAGCCCUGGAUAAAGGAGAAACAACAUCCACUGGGCCUCUGUCCAGCAGGAUCAAAGCUAAACAUUCAACCUUGUCCCCACUGCCCACUGGCAUUCGCUAGUCAGCAAGGCCUCAGCCAGCAUGUGUGGUUCAGUCACCUUCCUCAGCUCUUCUCAAGUUUAUGUGCAGGAAACCAUCUCCCCCUGGGGAAGCACUAUCCAGAAGAUCAAAACCAGCAGCAGAAGCAACUCUUUGAUCAAACCUGCUGGAGUGACAAAGCAGAAAUUCAAGAGACAGAAGAAGACUCCAAGCCCUUGUUGGGGAGAGUAAGCAAAAGAGGCACUUCAGAGGCGUUGUCCAGCCCACGGCAAGAACAGCCAGUAAGGUCCAAGCAAGACAACACAGCGGUGGACACAGGGCCCAGCCGAGACCAGAGGACAGACCUUGGGGGAACAGACAAAGUGUUGCAUGGUGUAGAAGUCUCAGGAUUUGGAGCAAUCAAAUAUGGGGAGUUUGGGCUAGGCUUUAUGAGGGAGUCAAACCUGCUCAGCCUCCAGAAGAUGCACGCAGGGGAGACACCUUACAUGUACUCCGAGUGGGGACGGAGCUUUAGCAAUAUGUCAGCCCUCAUCAAAAACCAGAGGACACCCUCUGGGGACAAGCCUUAUGUGUGCAAGGAAUGUGGACGAGGCUUUACCUGGAAGUCAAACCUCAUCACACACCAGAGGACACACUCAGGGGAGAAACCUUAUGUGUGCAAGGAGUGUGGACGAGGCUUUACUUGGAAGUCAAACCUCUUCACACACCAGAGGACACAUUCAGGGGUCAAGCCAUAUCUGUGCAAGGAAUGUGGGCAGAGCUUUAGCCUGAAGUCAAACCUUAUCACACACCAGAGGGCACACUCGGGGGAGAAGCCUUAUGUUUGCAGGGAGUGUGGGCAUGGCUUUCGCCAGCAUUCACAUCUCAUCAGACAUAAGAGGACACAUUCGGGAGAGAAGCCCUAUGUGUGCAGGGAGUGUGAGCAAAGCUUUAGCCAGAAGUCACACCUCAUUAGGCACUUAAGGACACACACAGGAGAGAAGCCUUAUGUAUGCACAGAAUGUGGGCGCCAUUUUAGCUGGAAAUCAAACCUCAAGACACACCAGAGGACACACUCAGGGGUUAAACCUUAUGUAUGCCUGGAGUGUGGGCAGUGCUUUAGCCUGAAGUCAAACCUCAGCAAACACCAGAGGUCACACACAGGGGAGAAGCCAUUUGUGUGCAGGGAAUGUGGGAGGGGCUUUACCAGGAAAUCAACCCUUAUCACACACCAGAGGACACACUCAGGGGAAAAGCCAUUUGUAUGCAGGGAGUGUGGGCGAGGCUUUAAUGAUAAGUCAACCCUCAUUUCACACCAGAGAACACAUUCAGGGGAAAAGCCUUUCGUAUGCAGGGAGUGUGGUAGAAGGUUUAGCCAGAAGCCAAACCUAUUUAGGCACAGGAGGGCACACUCAGGUAGCAUACCCUUUGAGUGCAGGGAGUGUGGGCAAGGCUUUUGUGAUAAGUUAACUCUCGUCACACACCAGAAGGCACACUCAGGGGGGAAGCCUCACGUGUGCAGGGAGUGUGGGCAAGGCUUUAGCCGGCAGUCACACCUUAUUAGACAUCAGAGGAUACAUUCGGGAGAGAAGCCUUAUAUUUGUAGGAAGUGUGGGCGAGGCUUUAGUCGGAAAUCAAACCUCAUCAGACAUCAGAGGACACACUCAGGAUAGAAACCUUGUAUGUACGAGUGUAGUGGAAUCUUUAACCAAGACUCAUACGUCGUGAGAUGCCAAAAGUCACACCUAGGGCUGUGGCUUUAGUAGUAAGUCAGCCAUUGCCAGACACCAAGGUGGAGACAUCUUAUGUGUGACAGGAGUGUUCACGAGCCUCAUGGUAAGAGUCCACAUCUCCAGUCCACAUGAAGGAGAACUGCUGGCUCAUUUUCAGGAGCUUGGCAUUCCCUGAUGGGGUUGGUGGGUUGUGGAAGAUCUGUCAGGUAACGUGAUGGAAGGGGUACUUUUAAGUAGGUUGAAAUUAGGGAAUGGAGGCUCUUCUAAUGUCAUUUCCCAAGAAUACUUGGACACUCCUUAUACAGUAGCCUGGAUGUUAGAGAAACAGCAACACUAGAGCUCAUCUCUUAAUGUCUGCCUUACCUUCUGAGAACAAGAGACUUGACAGAAACCAUGGCCGACUUAAUCUUGGUUUCCCAGAGCAUGACCCAGCAGAGUCAGCUUCAGGGAGAGUUUGGGAAAGGGUGAAUACAUGGGAUCAGAGAUGGUGCAUGGGUAGAAGAAGGUUUUAUUAUGCAAAGAGCUGACUGGUGAGAAAGACUGUGACUAUCCUAGCUCUAGGUUUUGGGAAGAAGUAUCCAUUUUUGCUUGUUUCCUGGGACCCUCUCUGGUUUCCAAGUUGAAUCCAUACUAAAGAUAUUUUUAUUUACUGGUGUAUUUAGACUAGAAACGUAUUCUAUGCUUUCAUGAAGAAAACACACAUAUACAGAAAUAGAAAAUGAAAUUACUUUCUAUUCUUCUUUGAAUUACCAUACUACAUCCCACAGGUAAUUCUUUGGUUUAAAUCUUUCCAACCAUUGUAAAAUAUAUGAUUUUUCUGGUUUGGAAUACUCUCUUUUUGAGAAUGGUGGUGUCCCACAGAUUCAUGUAUAAUUCUGAGCCAAGGCCCAAUUUUUUUUCACAGAAGUUGACUAAAUGAUUCUGAGUUUUAUUUGGAAAGUAGAAUUUUGAGGAAUGGUGGGAUAUUAAGGACUGUAUAAUAACAUGUCUUUUUAUCUGUGGACAGAUACCUAGAAUAGAACCAUAUAAAAAUAGAAAAACUCACUUGUAUAUGAGUAUUUAGAAAGUGAGGAAGCAGGAUUUCAAGUUAUUAUGAAAAUAGCAAGUACAAGAUUCAGUGUUUGGGUCAUUGGCUCUCAACUGAGGGAAAAAAUAAACAUAGGUUCCAAAGUCUCAAUAUCCAAAGUUAGAGUUAGGAAAUCACUAGCUCAGAUAAUAUGAGGUACAGAGGUCUUUUUAAUUGAAUUUAAUUUUUUAUUUUAAGUAGGCUCCAUGCCCAACAUGGGGCUUGAACUCACAACCCUGAGAUUGAGUCACAUGCGCUAGUGACUGAGCCAGCCAGGCACCCCAAUGUGUAGGAGUCUUAGUUUUCGUUCAAAAUCCAAGUUUCAGUGGAGUGAGAAGAACCUGGUGAAGAAUUAUGGAAUAUUAUCCUAGAUGGAGCUGCUGGUGUGGCUUGCCCUUCUCAUUCCUUCCCAUGGUAAAUCCUGGCCUGCUAUUUCUCCUUCUCAAUAGAAAAAUACUUUUGAGAGUUUUAAUCUCUUUGCAUCUUAGAAUUGAAUUACUCUUUUCCAUAAAAUGAUGUCACAAAAAUAAGGAUUCCAAAAGUAAACAUGUAUCUUUUUUACUGUUUUUUUUUUAACUUUAAGAAGAAAUAUUUCAGUUUUCAUUGUAAUCAGUCUGUAAAUCCAAAAGAUCUUGCCUUAAAUUAUUUAAAAUUCUCAACAACAAAAAAUAAAGCAUUGCUGAUAUCUGAAGAUUCAAACAGAUUCAAAGAGACUCAAACCCGGGGAGGCAUUUAUAUAGAACAGCAACCAAACAGAGACCGGAAAUGGUAGAAAGAUGCCCUACACUUUGGCCCUACCCAGUGUCCACCUGUACUGAUUCUUAAAUCUGCAUUAGAUCCUCUGCUUAGAACCUCUCAGAAGACAGAAUUGGAACAGGCCACCUGAGUUCUCCACUUGGGCCUAGCAUUAAAACCUGUGUGCAAGUCUGGAAGCUGAUUAGGAGGCAAGCACUGGAUGGUGUUCAUAUAUGUGAAUCUUCAAAAUCUUACGGUUUUCUUUUUUUUUUUUUUUAAAGAUUUAUUUAUUUAUUUGAGAGAGAGAGAAUGAGAGAGAGAGAGAGAGAGAGUACAUGAGAGGGGGGAGGGUCAGAGGGAGAAGCAGGCUCCUCGCUGAGCAGGGAGCCCGAUGCAGGACUUGAUCCCGGGACUCCAGGAUCAUGACCCGAGCCGAAGGCAGUCGCCCAACCAACUGAGCCACCCAGGCGCCCUGAUUUUAUUUUUCUUUUUCCAGUCUGUCUGGACUAGCUAUCUACCAGUGCCCCAUAUUUCAUAUCCUGAGAUAGAUAACAGCUCUAGAUGUUUAAAACAAACAAAAAGUGCCCGAGCUCAACCACUGCCCAUCCUACCACUCCUAUGGUUAAGUAAUAGACUAUACUGCAUGAAGAAAAAUUUGGAGAAAAGAUGAUGAACAGUAUGAAAUAAUAUCACUUCAAAUCCAUAAGCCUGUUAUGGUCACCACUGAAAUCUGUUUCAAAAGGGGGUGGCAGGGGCACCUGGCCGGCUUAGUCAGGUAGAGCAUGGGACUCCUGAUCUUGGGAUUGUGAGUUUGAGCCCCAUGUUGGAUGUAGAGAUUGCUUAAAAAAAAAAAAAAGUAAAAGAAAGGGGUGACAGUAACUAUUCUGUUUUAACUUAUUAUGGAUCAGUGGUUCUCUAAGUGUGGUCAGAGGAUGUUUGGGGGCCCUUUCGGGUGAUAUACGUGGUUAAAACAAAUUUCAUUAUAACACUAAGACCUGAUUUGCUUUUUUCUCUUGUGCUGAAAUUUGCACUAAUUGUGCAAAAAGCAAUGGUGGGGAAACUGCUGGGCCUUUAGCUUGAAUCAGGACAGUGUUAUCAAACUGUACUAUAGUUCUUGUGUUCUUUACCACCACACACUUGUGGUAAAAACUUGCUAGUUCCACUUAAGAAUGUUCUUCAUAAAACAGUUAAAAUUAGUUUUGUUGAACUUGACCCUGAGUACAAAAAUUUUAAAUUAUACUUUUUAUUUUGAGAUAAUUUUAGAUUUACAUGCAUUUGUAAGAAAUUAUGUAGAGAGAUCCCAUGAGCUCUUUGCCCAGUUUACCCCAAUGGUAAUGUCUUGCAAAACUAUAAUGUUACAACCAGGAUAUUAAAAUUUCUAUAUAUAUUCAUCUUCUAAGUAUUUUAUGUGAUGAAGAGAGAAAGGCACAUAAAGUUUUUAUUCAUGCCGAAAUAUCAAGUUGUUUCCAGGAAAUGCACUUUUAUGAUUGUUUGAGUUGUGAGCUGAACUAGCCACCUUUUUAUGGGCACCAAUUUUAUUUGAAAGAGUAACUGACAAAUUUUGAAUAAGAAGAUGAAGACCGGUAUAUCUGCUAAACAUUUUGUCAAAAAUGAAGUGAUUUAUAAAACCUGACAGUAAAGAAAACUGGUAGUAAUUUUUGUUAAUUAAUUAGCAAAAAAAUUAGCCACUGUUAAGCGGCUGCCUUCGGCUCGGGUCAUGAUCCCAGGGUCCUGGGAUCGAGCCCCGCAUCAGGCUCCCUGCUCAGUGGGGAGUCUGCUUCUCCCUCUCCAUCUGCCUGCCGCUCUGCCUGCUUGUGUUCGCUCUCUCUCUCUCUCUGUCAAAUAAAUAAAUAUUUAUAAAAAAACAGUGUCUGUCACCAUGAACUUGAUAGCUUUCUAAUACUUAGUCUUUUGUGAUGAGAUUACUAAUGAUAUUAAUGAAUGUGAUUUUGUAAUACCAUAUAAUGAAAUAUGUCAACAUUUGGAAGGUCUGCCUAACUCAUUGAACCAGUAUUUUCUAAAUGAUUACUGUGUGAUGCUACAAGAUCAUCUGUGGUGAUAUUAAAGUAUAAGAUAGACAAAUGGAUUUUUUUUUUUUUUUUUUUUUUGAAAGAGAGAGACAUAGCGAGAGAGGGAACACAAGCAGGGGGAGUGGGAGAGGGAGAAGCAGGCUUCCCGCUGAGCAGGGAGCCUGACGCGGGGCUUGAUCCCAGGACCCUGGGAUCAUGACCUGAGCCAAAGGCAGACGCUUAACGACUGAGCCACCCAGGCGCCCCGACAAAUGGAUUUUAAUUUAAGAGAAGCUAGAGGUGCCUGGCUUGCUUGGUUGGUGGAGCAUGCAGCUCUUGAUCUCGGAGUUGUGAGUUCGAGCCCAACCUUGGGGAUAGAGUUUACUUAAAAAAAAAACUGCAAAAAAAAAAAAAUUUAAAAUGAAUACCAAUCUUAGAGAGAUAAAGGUCAGAUUCCACAUUACAGGAACAUUUAAGAAGUUACCACUUGUUGAUUUUUGGUGUAGUGUCAAUAAUACUGACAAAUACCUGAAAAGGCCAUUAGAAUACUUCUUCAUUUUUAAAUUCUGGAUGUGUGAGUCCAGAUUUUCUUUAUCUUGGCAGAUUAAAUGCAAGAGCACACUGGGAUGCCUGGGUGGCUCAGUAGGUUGAGUGUCCAACUCUUGAUUUUGGCUCAGGUCAUAAUCUCAGGGUUCUGAGAUCAAGCCCCAUGUCAGGCUCCAUGCUGGGUGUGGAGCAUGCUUGUGAUUCUCUCCUUCUGCCCGUCUCGCCACCCCCCUCUUAAUAAAUAAAUAAGUAAAUAAAUAAAUAAAUAAAUAAAUAAAUGCAAGAGCACAUAUAAAAUAUCAGCUGUAUUCUGUUACACUUAUGAUUAAAGAGAUUAUAAAAUAAUGCCACUCUUCUCACUGAUUUAUUUGGUUAUUUUUUUUUUAAGAUUGUAUUUAUUUAUUUGACAGAGAGAGACACAGCGAGAGAGGGAACACAGCAGGGGGAGUGGGAGAAGGAGAAACAGGCUCCCUGCGGAGCUGGGAGCCCGACGCAGGGCUCGAUCCCAGGACCCUGGGAUCAUGACCUGAGCCGAAGGCAGACGCUUAACAACUGAGCCACCCAGGUGCCCCUAUUUGGUUAUUUUUUGGUGGAAAAUAUUCAAACUCAAGUGGAAGUAAAACACUUUACUUUUCAUUUUAAGUGCAUUGUUUCUAGAUGUUUAUGGUCUUGGGGUGCCUGGCUGGCUCAGUAUGCAACUCUUGGGUUGUGAGUUUGAGCCCCACCUUGGGUGUAGAGAUUACUUAUAAAAAUAAAAAUCUUUAAGGGUGCCUGGGUGGCUCAUUCGGUUAAGCGUCCGACUCUUGGUUUUGGCUCAGGUCAUGAUUUCAGGGUCAUAGGAUUGAGUCCCAAGUCAAGCCCCACAUUGCAUUCCAUGCACUCAGCACAGAGUCUGUUUGGGAUUCUCUCUCCCUUUACCUCUGUGCCUCCCCCUGCUAUAACUAACUAACUAACUAAAUAAAUAAAUAAAAUCUUUUUAAAAAAUAAAAAUCCUUAAAAAAAAGUUUAGGGGUGCCUGCAUGGCUCAGUCUGUAGAGCAUAUGACUCUUGAUCUCAGGGUCAUGAGUUUAAGCCCCAUGUUGGAUAUGGAACCUAUUUACAAAAAAAUAAAAAAUGUUUAGAUGUUUAUGGUCUAUAGCACAGCAAACAAUACUUCACAUAAAUGCCAGAAAAAAAAAAGUUACACAUUAUAAUACCUAACAUACUAUUAACAUCUAUGCCUUAUAUAAUUUAAACAAGACACGGGGCAUCUGACUGGCUUAGUCGGUGGAGCAUGUGACUCUUUUUUUUUUAAAGAUUUUAUUUAUUUAUUUGAGACAGAGAGCAUGAGAGACAGAGAGCAUGAGAGGGAGGAGGGUCAGAGGGAGAAGCAGACUCCCUGCCGAGCAGGGAGCCCGAUGCGGGACUCGAUCCCGGGACUCCAGGAUCAUGACCUGAGCCGAAGGCAGUCGCUUAACCAACUGAGCCACCCAGGCGCCUGAGCAUGUGACUCUUGAUCUCAGGGUCAUGAGUUCGGGCCCAUGUUGGGUGUAGAGAUUACAAAAAUAAAUAAAUAAAGAAAUAAAUAAACUUAAAAAAAAAUUUAAACUAACCAUAGAAGAAAAUUACCAAAUAAGCAAAACAAAUGCAAAGAAAAUGCUUGUUAACACCCACUGACAGAUGUAAACCUACAAUCUGAAGUAUGCUGUUCUAUCUGGACACAACACAGACAUCUUGAGGAAUCUCUUUUGCUAGAACUAAAUUGCAUAAUUACUUAAUCUCCUCCGUGCCCAUAGCUAUGUCUCUUUCUGAAUAUUCUUGCCAAUUAUUUUUCUAUUUUUUUAAUUAAAAAAACUUUAUUCUUUUAAUCACAUUUUCAAUGUGUCUUUUUAUUUUAUGUUUUAUUAUUUUCUGUUAAUUACUAACCUCUUGAAGCUAAUUUUUAUUGCUUUUUGAAGCUUAUUUAAUCAUACUUAAGGCUUUUUUUAACCCUUUUCCUUUUUUCUUCUGAAAGUCAAGUCAGUUAUAAUUUUUAUUUUUAUUUUUAUUUUCUCCUUUAGCCAAGAAUUACUAUUUCUACAAAUGGCUAGAUGGAUGAGUUCAUUUUUAGAAUCUCCUAGUGUUUAGUUUUUUUAUUUUAUAGCUUUAUAGUCAAUAUAUUUUGUGAUUUCUUCCAUUUUAAUUCAUAAAAUUUAGUUUUGAAUCUAAUCAAGUUCUGUGAAUUUUCAUGUUAUCUUAAAAAGCAAGUGUUUAACAUGUGUAUAUGUAUAUUUUAACAAUAUUAUACCAAAAUUAACACAAAAGUUUGCAAACUGAUGUUUUUCUAGUUACCUCAUCAUUCUCUUGUUUUGUAUUGAUUGUUUUUUAUUUAAUUUAUAUUAUAUGCUUAACACAUGUAAAAUUAGAUUUGUAAUGUAAAUAUAGGUGUAAGUAAUAUUAAUAGAACAAACACCAUUGUAUUCACCCCAGCAGAAGAAAUUAGCCUUAAUUAUCUUUAAAAACUUAGCACUUCCAUUUCUGUAAGUGGUUAUAAUAAAUAAAUUUAUGAUCAUGUUAAGAAACUUUUCUCCAGGGCGCCUGGGUGGCUCAGUUGGUUAAGCGACUGCCUUCAGCUCAGGUCAUGAUCCUGGAGUCCCGGGAUCGAGUCCCACAUUGGGCUCCCUGCUCAGCGGGGGGUCUUCUCCCUCUGAUCCUCUUCUCUCUCGUGCUCUCUGUCUCUCAUUCUCUCUCUCUCAAAUAAAUAAAUAAAAAUAAAAAAUAAAAUCUUGAAAACAAAAACAAAAACUUUUCUCCAGGUAUUUCCAUCAAAGUUUGCUUAAUACAUUUCAAAGCUAUUUUAUUUAGAUCUAUAGAAAUUAAUAACUUUAAAAAAAAAUUUUAUUUUAUUAUGUUAUGUUAAUCCCCAUACAUUACAUCAUUAGUUUUUGAUGUAGUAUUCCAUGAUUCAUUGUUUGUGCAUAUCACCCAGUGCUCCAUGCAGAACAUGCCCUCUUUAAUACCCAUCACCAGGCUAACCCAUGCCCCCACCCCCCUCCCCUUUAGAACCCUCAGUUUGUUUCUCAGAGUCCAUGGUCUCUCCUGGUUCAUCUCCCCCUCCGAUUCCCCCCUUCAUUUUACCCUUCCUACUAUCUUCCUUUUUUUUUUUUUUAACAUAUAAUGUAUUAUUUGUUUCAGAGGUAUAGGUCUGUGAGACCACAAAAUUUAAGAAGACCUUAGGGCACUUGUGAUGAGCACUGGGUGUUAUAUGAAGUGAUGAAUCACUAAAUUCUACUCUUGAAACUAAUAUUAAUUUAGAUUUCUAAACUUUAAAUGUAAGAACAAAAGUUAAAAAGUUAUUAGCAAAAAACAGGAAUAUAUGCAUGACCUAUUUGGCAAUAGAUUCUUAGAUUUGACACCAAAAGUAUGAGCAAUACAAAAUUUAGAUACAUCGAACUUCAUAAAAAUUAAAAACUGAAUGUGCAAAAAAGGAUAUUAUCAAGAAAGUGAAAUGACAAUAUAUAGAGUGGUACAAAAUAUUGGCAAAUCAUAUAUCUGAUAAGGGUUUAGUAUACUGAAUAUAUAAAGGAUUACUACAACUUAGAACAAAAUAAUGAUACAAUUUAAAAGUGGGCAGCGGUGCCUAGCUGGCUCAGUAGGUUAGGUCAUGUGACUCUUAAUCUCUGGGUCCUGAGUUCAAGCCCCAUGUUGGGCAUAGAGCCUACUAAAAAAAAAGGUGGGGGGGCAAAGAUUGAGGUUGAAUCAGUCACCAGUGGCCAAUGAUUUAAUCAACUGGUCCUAUUAAUGAAGCCUCCAUGAAAACCCAAACAGAUGGGGUUCAGAGAGCUUCUGGGUUGGUGAAUCCAUGGAGAUUUGGGAAGACUGGUGCUCAGAGCAUGGAAGCUCCAGGCCCUUUUCUCAUACCCUGCUCUAUGCAUCCCUUCCUUCUGACUGUUCCUGAGUUACGUCCUUUCAUAAUAAAUCAGUAGUCUAAGCCAAGAUGGAGCUGUACCUGCCUGGGGUGCCAUAUCAGCAAACUAAAACUUAGAUAACUUUUGUGUCCCUGUAAAUACUCUAUUUGACCAGAAAUGCAAUCCAGUCAGCUAAUCCUCAAAUGCCAAGCCAACUCUGGGCCUUCUCACUCCCAACAAGGUUGACUAUGUGGCCCCAGCCAAUCAGAUAUUUUCUAUUUGUCUCUUCCCUCUUCUUUAUUCUUUAUCUUAUAAAAACUUCUUGCCUUCCAACUCAUUUUGUAGUUCCCUGAGACUGCCCAUGAGUGUUAAAUAAACUUUGUUCCUAUCACCAAAUAAAUAAAUAAAUAAAUAAAUAAAUAAAUAAAUAAAGUAAGUAAGUAAGUAAGUAAGUAAGUAAGUAAGUAAGGGCCAAGUUCUUGAGCAGACAUUUCUCCAAAGAAUGGCUAAGAAACACAUAAAAAAAUGUUCAUCAUCAUUGGUUAUUAAGGAAAUGCAAAUCAAAACCACAAUAAGAUACAACUUCACACCCAUUAGGAUACCUAUAAUAAACAAAUAAAAAAGGAAAGUAACAAGUGUUGGCAAGGACAUGGAAAAUUGGGGAUCUUCAUACAUUGCUGGUGGCAAUGUAAAAUGGUGCAGUUACUAUGGAAAAUAAUUUGGCAGUUCCUAUAAAAUGAAACUUGCAGUUACCGUAUUAUCCAGCAAAUCCACUUCUGGGUAUAUACCCAGAAGAAACAGGUACUCAGAACAAAAUCUUUCUAUUUUAUCAUUUUAUUUUAUUUUAU